AUUUAGAUCAUCUCCCCUGACAAUCUGACAAUUUUGUUGAAACACGCUUAGUGAUUCUUAUCAUGAUAACCGAAUAACAAGAAGCAAGAAAUGAUUCUUUGUGUUUUUGUUGUAUAUUUGAAUAACAGUUGUUAAUGAUAGCCUUGCCAGUAACUCAAGAGGCUUAAUUAUGGUAGAGAAAAAAUCAUCCAUUGGUAAAGUCUGCUCUGUUAUCAUCCUUUACUGGGGAGUAUCGAUUUCAAUGGUUUUCGUAAACAAACACAUUCUCAGUGGAUCUUUUGGCGACAACGACGUGUCCAUAUUUGUUGCCUGGUACCAGUGUUUCUCAGCUGUGAUCGGGAUACAGUUAUGUGGCUUUAUAUCUAGAAAAACAAAAAUUCCGGUGAAAAUUCCGAAAAUAGAAUGGAAUUUGUUACUAAAGAAAGACUUCCUCAGAUUCUCAUUUGCAUUUGUGGCGAGUUUGACGAUGAAUAACUUGAUGUUGAAACAUAUAGGCGUCGCAUUUUACCAAGUAGCACGAUCGUGGACUUUAAUAUUUACGAUUUUAUUUUCUCAAUGUCUCCUUAAGAAGAAUAUAACUUAUAAAGCUAUCAUUGCCUGUUUAAUAGUAACAUGUGGAUUUUUUAUAGGUAUUGACCAAGAAGAUGCAUCCGGCACUUUAAGUGUCUGGGGUAUAAUUUACGGGAUUUUUGCAAGUCUCGCCACAGCUUUAGGUGGAAUUUUUAUAAAAAGGGUACAGCCCAUAGUUGAAGGCGAUAGUUUUAAACAAGCGUACUACAACAAUAUAAAUGGCGUCAUUAUAUUUUUCCCGCUAGUUUUAAGUACGGGACAGUUACAACAGAUUUUAUAUUCAGAAUUCAUUUUUCAACCAUCAUUUUGGAUAUGCAUGACGAUAUCUGGAGUUCUUAGUUUAUCCAUAGGCUGGGUGAGUGUUCUCCAGAUAAAACAUACUUCACCAAUCACCCACCAUGUGAGUAACACUGCCAAGUCCGUCUUGAUGACAGUAUUAGCUAUAAUGUAUUUUAAUGAAGAGAAAACUAUGCUUUGGUGGGGUGGAAAUUUUCUAGUUAUAUUUGGUGUGAUGUAUUAUACGUACAGUAGAAUGAAUGAGAAAAUGGAUCAAGAGUUACCGGACUUGACUAUAGAGCCAGAGAACAAACACAGUCAUAUAGUUUAAGUUUUUAUAAUGUAGUAUUUAUGUCCAUUUUAUUUGUACUAAUGUUUUAAUGCCGGAACAAACAAACAUGUAGCUUACACAUGUAGGUGCCAUAAACAUUGACAAAAUAACAUUUUUCUUCUUUAAUAAAUGAAAAUUUCAAUGCUUAUUUUUCACUAGCAAUUGCAAGUUUUUACAAACAAAAACAAAAAAAGCAAAUAGUGUAAAUCUAGAAUCAGCUAAGUUAAUUUUUGUUACUUAUGAUGAAUGUCAAAAUUCUUCCAGAAUAUCUUGAACAUGUUGAAAAAAGCAUCUUGAAAAUGAAAAAAGAUGAUGUGGUAUGAAUGCUGAUAAGACAAAAUCUCCAGCAGAGACAAAAUGACAUAGAAGAUUAGCAACUACAAUGUACAUGUACAGACCUGUCACUGUCAGCCUUUAACUUUGAAAAAAAAACAUACUUCAUAUACAUGCGGCAUUUAUAUAAAGCCUUAAACAGUUAAAACAAGAAUUCUAAUUGCCUGAAUGUGAUUUAAUAACAAAACAAAAAAAUAUUUUAUCACAUCAAUAUAAAUUUUGUUAACUUUAUAAAAGUUUGUUACAGUAGAAGUGUCAUUUUCACUGUUCAGCCUAAUUUCCCAUAAAAUUGUCAGUACAUUUUUGUGAUAGCAAUGUUUAGUGUAUGUACUUUGUAUUUCUGUUUUUAACUGUUUUGAGCAUGUUGACCAAAGGCAUUCAGAAAAUCUAGUAUUUAUAUAAUAUUUUAAGUACAUGUAGUAAACAUGGUAAAGGCUAGAGUUCACACAAGGUGAUUGAGGUAAAAGAUAACUGUUGUUGGUGUUAAGCCUAUUGUGCCACGGUCAUAAAAAUUUACAGUACACAAUGUACUAAAAUCAAACUGAUAACAACUAACCAAAAUACUUCAUUGGUUGUUUCUAGCUCAAAUUUUGUACUUUGACUACUGAAAAGAGUCUUAUGAUUGAGAGGCUAAGUAUAAAUUUUGAUGGUAAUUGAGACUGGGACCACAUUGAAUUCAUUACCUAUAAAAGAUCUCUAUGACCUUGUUAAGAGAUAUCUUUUGUAGGUGAUUUACCACAAUUAUCAACAUGCAGUAUGUCAUGUACAUGUAUAUGUAUAUGUAUUUAUGUGUACAUGUAUUUACAAGAAAUAAAUAUGUGUUUCAAUUUUAUUAAAUUGCAUUUAGUCUAUUACUGAGACAUGUGUGCACAGUCAAGCAGUUUGACAAUCAUAUAUAAACAUGAUAAAAAACACUGUCUCUCAAUUUGUCUAAAUUUUAGUUAUGUUUACAUUUUUGCAGAUGAACAUUACUCAUAUUCAAUGCUAUCAAGAACUCACAAUUAUUGAUAAUCAAUUUUAUUUUCAAAUGUAAUUUUCCAUGAUCAUGAUGAUCAACAUGUAAUAAUUGUUUUUAUUUUCAAAUGUAAAUUUCCAUGAUCAUAAUGAUCAACAUGUAUUACAAUUGUCAGUUUUAUUGUAUUUUAUGAUCAUGUCAUAACCAUUCAAUGGUAAUCAUUAUGUGAAAAUAUUGUCUACUUUCUAUUAUAUACAUGUUACAAUGUAUGCAAUGUAUGUACGUGUACAUGUACAUGUCAACAUUUUUUUUCUAGUCUGAUAUAUUUUAGAACCUUGAAAUAAAAUGCAACAUGUAUCUUUAUCAUUAAUUAGCAGUGGCAGGUCCGGGGGAGGGUUCCAGGGGUUGGUUGGAACCCUUCUUUUUUAUGACGAUCAAUGCAUUUGAAUGGGAGCAUAUAGUUGGAACCCCCAUUUUUAAAAUGGCUUGAUCUGCCCCUGAUUAGUCUGUUUAUAUUUAAUCAUUCAAAUGAAAUCACAACUUUUUUACAUUCAAAAGUCAUUGCUCACAGUUAUGUUUUAUGAUAAUCUUGAUAAUAAUGAUAAUAUUCAACAAUGAACACAAAUGUGAAUUCAAUUUUGUGAUUUCAGGAAAUGCAGCAUACUAAUAAUUAUCAUAAUAUCAAAAUACAAAAUGCAAGUAUCUUCAUACAAUUUUUGCUUUAUGGUAGAUCACAAUUAUAUAUUUUUUGAGACAGAAUUUUUUUAUUAUUUACCAAAAUGAAGAUUUUACUAUGCUAUCUUCAAAAAUAUAAUAAAAAGUAUGGGUCACCGGGAUAUUUUCCAAGCUAUGAGUCGUUGAGAAUUGCCAAAAUUUGGUUACUUUAUUCAUGAAAAUAACAUUAGUGUGCAUAAAAAAAAAUUCUAUGAGAUAGAAUUUUGAAAUAAAUUGUGAGAAGCAACUUCAUUAAAUAUUUUAAGAAAAUAAAAAGAAAACAUGGUGUCACCGAACUUAUUAUCUUGCUACAAGUAAAAAUUUUAAAAAAUCCCUUUUAGCCUAGUAUAAAUUUUGAAAUAAAAGAGUUAUCUCCCCUUAAAAGGCUCAUUUAAAGAAAAAAAUGAUUUUUAAACCAAAAAUAUUGAUAUUUGUUUAAAUAUUUUGUAUAAUACAAUAAA